AUGAAAUCAGCUCAGCAGCUGCUCCGGUCUCAGAGAGACUUGCUGCUGAACUGGACUUGCGACCACCCAGCACCCUUGCUGCGGUGGCUGCGUGAUGCUGAGGUGCUUUCCUUUGACCACUACUUGUCUCUGCUGGAGAGGUCACCUUCCAAUGCUGUGGCCCAGGCUCUGGAAACAGUGUGUGCCACUGAGGAGAGCAGCCAAAAAUUCCUGCAGGUGCUGAGGGAAGUGCAGGAUUAUUACUGCAGGGAUCUGCAGGUCUGGGUGGAGAGACACUGCAUGAAUGAUACUGUCAGUAAGCCAAAGCCUGCACCUGUAAAAGUUGAAGACAAGAAGCCUAAAGGCCCCUUUGCUAAACUGUUCAAAGGAAAGAACAAGGGAUUCACGGUGACUGCAGAGGUCACAGCUAAAGAAGAACUUAAACAUUGCAGGAGUGUAAAGUUUUCCAACACUCGAGCUCCCAUUUCUGCCCAUAAAACCACCUUGCUGAAACGCACAGAGCAGUUAAAGUGUUACUCAGAGGGUGAAGGGGUGGCUUCAAACUCAGCCUCUCACAUCGAGAUCCGCUACACUGACCUUUUUGUGACAGAAGAUGAUGACUUAAUCGGCAGCAGCCAACAUGAGUACUUUGAUCUGGCAAGCAGACGAGCUCGCAUCUAUGUCCACCAGGCUUGCCAACGUAUCCGCCCUUGCGAUCUACUGAGCUCCCAAGGAACAUCGGCACGGCCACUGAAAAGGGUCAAAGUGAAGGGUAUUGCUGGUAUCGGAAAGAGUGUAGCAGUACAGAGACUGGUAUAUGAGUGGGCGAUUGGGAAGAACAUGCGUGAAUUCACCUGUGUUUUUGACCUGCGCUUCAGAGAGCUCAAUCUGAUUGAAGCACCACUGAGUUUAUUGGAGCUGCUUGAAGACCGGUUCCGGUACCUGAAGGAAGUUUUACCUGACCUUUUCACAUCCCCAAGCUCUUUGCUCUUCAUCUUAGAUGGACUGGAUGAAUUCAAAUUCCCCUUAAACUGGAACAGUCCUGGCAAAGACAUUGAUGUGGAUUCGAAAGUGCCAGUGUCAGAGCUGAUGGUGGCUUUGAUAAAGGGAAGCCUUCUUCCAGAGGCCUCACUUAUUCUCACAACAAGACCAUCGACUGAAGCUCCAAAGCGUUUCUUCCAGAGAUGCUGUGUGGUGCUGGGCUUUGAGGAGGACCAGGUGAAGGAAUAUACCACCAAGUUCUACAAAGACAGUAAUGUUGCAGGAAAAGUCUAUGAUUACAUCUUGAACAACGACAACCUCUUUGUGCUGUCCUUCAUCCCUCUUUAUUGCUACAUCAUCUGUACCGCUAUGGCCGAGUUCUUCUCUUCAGGGCCUCAAGAAAUUGGUGACUUAAAGUCUCUGGAGCUCAAUCCACCCAGAACAGUCAGCGAGGUUUACUUCUGCUACCUGUUUACAGCAGUUAAGCACCAUGCACUGAGGGGGAGAGCAGAAAGAAGCACCCCUAGAUCUGAGGUUCUCUCACUAGCUAAGCAGCAACUGACCAACCUGGGAAAACUGGCUUAUGAAAACCUUCUAAAGAAAAAGAUCAUGUUCAACAGAGGUGAUUUGGAGAACUACGGCGUUACACCCGCUGAUAUUCAGAGCACCUUUCUCUGUCACAUCCUCCAGUCUGUCAAAGAGGAGACAGUGGAGAUGUUUUCUUUUUUCCACUUGACUGUUCAAGAACAUCUGGCUGCCCUCUACUGUGCAAUCAAUCUCUUCAGCCAGGAGGACAUAAUCCAGGCUCUGGAUUUCUGGUGCUUUGGAGUACAUCCACCAUCCUCUACUGCUGUACCCCUGCAGAACAUAGACCUCAGCAUGGACAAACUGGAGAGCCUCCAGAUGUUCACACGCUUCUUCAUGGGAAUGCUUCGAGCACGGCUGGCAGGUCAGCUGGAUGGCCUUGUUCUUCAGCCCAUGGAGCAAGAGGAUGACAUCCCUGCCAGGCUGGGUUUGUGGUUCCAAGACCAGUUUAAACACAGGGAGCUGGAAAACCAGACAGCCCUGAAUCUUCUACACUGCUUGAUGGAGUUCCACAUGGACGAAGCCACCAGCAUCGUAGCACCAGAGAUCAAGAAACUCAACCUGUUUAAAAUGAAGCUGAGUGUUGUGGACUGUGCAGCAAUACACUAUGUACUGCAGUUCUCUCCACACAAGUUGCAGGAGCUCAACUUAGGCUACUCAAACAUUGGCAACAGAGGACUCAACAGGCUGGGGCCAAUCCUACAUCGCUGUGAAUCUCUCUAUCUGAGAUACAACUGCCUGGAUAGGCAAGCAGCUAUUUUAGAAUCUGCAGUUCUGAAAUCAAAUGAGUGCCAUGUGAAGCAGCUCUUUAUGUGUGGCAAUAACCUUGGUCCAGAGGGGGGUUUGGAACUAUGGAAUGCUCUGGAGCAAAAUAACACUGUGGAGGAGCUCUAUCUGGAUAUUACCGGCAUCACAGAGAGAGGAACAGAAAACAUUGUCAAAUGCCUCAGCAAAAACACUGCUCUGAAAACUCUGACUAUUGUUGGAAAUGACAUCGGAGAGGUGGGAAGGAGGAGGCUGAGGGAACUGGAGCAAUGCCGACCGGGACUCCGGAUUAUUACAAACUUUGUGGAUGACCUUGGGUUACUUCAGGCCUACCUGGACUGGGUGGAGGAGAUCCAGGCUGACCGGGACCAGAUGGAAUCUGUGAAGAACGUAGACGCCCUGCAGUCGGUGCUACAGGGGCUCAAAGUCGCAGGAAAGGUGGAGAAAGGAGAGAACGCAGAGAAAGCCAAGGAGCUUCAGACAAAGAUUGAGGAGUUGCUGAAGUCUUCCACAGAUCUGAUUGGAGGAAGAUGACCACAAGUUACUUGGCUUUUUUUUUGUUAGGGUAGGGCACCAUCUGAAGAUGCAAAUGGUUUCCCAGCAUCCACCAUGAGUCGACUAACAUUCUGACUUCAAUCUAAAAAAGUGGAAUUCACAUUAACCCUGAUGUUCUAUUUGGAUUCCUGAAGACCAGAGUCCUCUUUCACAACUCAAAAAACAUACUUACAAUUGUUUUAUCAUCUUGAUGUUUCAUGACUUUGCUUACUUUCAUGUAAAUUGCUGCUACAUAAAACUACAAAUCACUUCUGUUUGUAACCUCAGCUGUAAAACAUGGUUAAAUACAAUUGAUUUUCAUAUUCUAUAUAUGUGCCAUUGGUGUUGGCAGUACUUUUCAUGCAGUAGUAUCUCUCACAAAUCCCAAAUAAGUCUAUAGAUUCAUGUUAUUAGAAUUUUUCACCCUUUUUCAUGUGAGGUCUACAGGGAUCUAAGUGAUCCCAAACUUAACUAACAUCACUAUGUAGAAUAGCAUACUGUAUGUCUUUUAUGCGUGAAUGGCUUUUUGGCAAAAAAAGAUACAUAUACAGUAUAUAUGUGUACCUUUGUUCAUGCAUACCCCAUAUAACAUGGAAAAUGUGAAAUACUGUAUAUACUUUAUGUGCAAGCCUAAUUUGUGGCAAA